AUGGAUGUCACAGCAUUCACAGAAUUAAUCAAACAGCUUCAAUCCUCAGACAACGCUGUCCGAAAGGCCGCCGAAGAACAAUAUGAUCAAAUCGAUGCUGCCACCAAGAUAGCGGCACUCUUCGAGUCAUACGCACAAAAUCAGAAUAGCGCUGAAACUCGCUCGACAGUUCUCGUCUUCCUUCGUCGUGUUAUGUCAAGAGAUUGGGAUGAGGUUUGGGACAAACUUAACGAGGAAAACAGACAACGUAUUUUAUCCAAAGUUUUGGAGAUGAUUAUUCAUGAGCAAGAUUUGAGCAUAAAGAAGAAGAUAGCUGAUUUGAUCUCUGAGAUUGCUGGAAAUUUGAUCAAUGAUGAAGGAGAACAAUCGUGGAAAGGUGUUUUGGAAUUGAUGAAUCAUUGUUUGGCUGGAGAUGAUAUCACAGCAAAUUAUAUUGCUCUUUUGAUUCUUCGCGGAUGCCCAAUCAUUUUCGGAAACUCCCUUGAACACUUCUUGCCAAUUUUGAAGGUUUGUAAUAUAAAAAAAAGAGAGAACGUGUAGAACAUUUCUAAAAAUGUUAUUUCUCUGGAAAAAAUCCACCCCAAAGCACAACCUGCCAGCUUCAAUGUAUAUCGUUGAAGAGGCGCGCACUUGGGAAUAUUAUGAUGGGAAUACGUGAACAAUGCUUAUGUUUGAUGGCUAUUAGAUUUUAAAAUUACCUGACAUUUUCUAAAGAAAUGAUUUUUUUUCAGAACGUUCUUCAAAAAUGCAUGUCUCAACAAGUCGAAUUCCAAAUCCGCUCAACUGCUGUCAAAGCAGCUGUUGGUUUCGCAGUCGAUAAUGAUGAGGAGAAAGAUGUUGUCAAAACUAUCUCAACUCUCGCUCCAGCAAUGCUCCAAGUUUGCGUCGAAACACCAGAAGACGAGGAAAACGACGGGCCACUCGGAGAUUUCGCCGAAUUGGCAUCGGCUGUCCCAAAAAUCGUCACAGCUCACUUGGAGACUGCGCUCAAAGUUUGCCUUCAAAUCGGAGCCAACACCGAAAAAGGAGAGAUGGCCAGACAAAACGCUGUUGAAGUUAUUGUUUCGUACAUCGAAAGUGCACCGAAAUCAUUGAAGAAACACGCACCACAAUCGCUUACACAUAUCGUUGAAUUGUGUUUGCAAUGUAUGGCUGAAAUGGAUGAUGAUAUGUUGGAAGAUUGGUUGAAUGAUUCGGAUGAGGAGGAGGAUUUGGAAGAGAUGCCAAUUAUUGGAGAAAGUGCGAUUGAUAGAAUCGCUUGUGCUAUGAAUGGAAAAACUCUUCUUCCAAUGUUUUUGCCAGUUGUUGAGAAAUACUUGACUGCUAGUGAGUUUUAACCAAUGAAAACUGAAGAGGUUUCACGGAAGGACCUUUUUGUGUAAAUUUGGCAGUAAAAGUACACCCCAAAAAACAAUUAUUUCAAGAAUCACAAAGAACAAAACCCGCUCAAAAUAUAGUUAUGACGUGGAAAUUGUGUUUUGGGGUAUACUUUCAAUUGCUAACUUUGCACAAAAAUUGAUUCGGUGACUCCUUCCCUUCUGACUUGAGAAAAAUACCCCUGCUUCUUCGGCUUCUGAAAGUCUGUACUAUCAAGGUCUUCCAACAUUCUGGACGGGGUUAAACUAUAGAGAAAAUUGUGCAAUAUCUUACAUGAUUAAUGUACGAAUCAAUUAAAAGUUUUCCCACAUUUUAUAAUAAUAUCUCAAUAUUUUCAGGCGAUUGGAAAUUGAAGCACGCCGCACUUCGCGCAUUCUCAGCCGUCGGUGAAGGUUGUCAACGUGCCAUGGAACCACAUAUCGAACAAUUCAUGGCUCACAUCACCAAAUUCGUCAACGAUGAACAUCCACGUGUUCGUUUCGCCGCUUGCAAUGCCAUCGGACAAAUGUCCACCGAUUUCGCGCCAACUCUCCAAAAGAAGUGUCACGCUCAAGUUCUCCCAGCACUCCUUCAAUGCCUCGAAAACACCGAUUCACCACGUGUUUGUGGACACGCCGCAUCGGCUCUCAUCAACUUCUGCGAAGAAUGCCCAAAGAAUGUUAUCGGACAAUAUUUGCCAUACGUUCUUCAAAAAUUGGAACAAACUCUCGGCGCCACUUUCAAUCGUCUCCAAGACAAGAAAUAUCAAACCGUUGUCGAGAAUGUUGUCACCGCAAUUGCAUCGGUCGCUGAAGCCGCUGAAGAUUUGUUCAAGGAGCAUCAUUCAAGAUUGAUCCCGAACUUGGUUCAUAUCUUGCAAAAUGUUGGAGAAUUGAAGGAACUUCGCGGAAAAACCAUCGAAUGUAUCUCAUUGAUCGGAUACGCUGUUGGAAAAGAGGAAUUCCAUCAAUCUGCGUGCGAAAUCAUGAAUUUGUUGGGAGGAAGUAUGUCCGAAUUGGCUAUUGAUGAUCCGCAAUACAGCUAUAUGAUCAGCUCGUGGACUCGUUUCUGCGCCGUAAGUUUUUGAAUUUUUGGAAAACAGAAAAAUGUAUACUUUUAAAGCCCCCUUUAUUAUCCAAAAAUCCACGUCAUCUGAAAAAAUUAAGAAUAUAUUUUUUUUCUAGAUUCUUGGAAGUGACUUCGCCCCAUAUCUUCCAGUCAUUAUGGAUCCAGUUCUUCGUGCUGCUCAAUAUCGCCCAGAUUUCAGCAUCAUCAAUAACGAUGAAGCUGAUGAUGAUGAGAACGAUCCAGAUUAUACCUACUCUGCUUUCGGAGAUGGUGAAAAAUCGCUUGGAAUUCGUACUUCAGGACUUGAAGAGAAGGCAACAUCUUGCGAAAUGAUUGUUGCGUUCGCCAAAGAAAUGAAGAGCGCUUUCCUUCCAUGGGUCCCGCAAGUUUCCGAAUUGUGUCUCAAAAAUCUCGAUUUCUCACUUCACGAUGGAGUUCGUCAAGCAUCCGCUGAAGCCAUGGCUAAUUUGAUUGUUUGUGUUGAAGAACAAGGAGUCGAUGCGAAACGACAAUUGUGGAUCGAGUUUUUGAAGGCGUUGAACAAUUCGAUGAACGAGGAGGAUGAUAUCGAGAUUUUGGCUGCUUUCAUGUCCGCGUUGGCUAGUUGUAUUGAUGUUAUGGGAGGACAAGCGAUUGCUCAAGAAGAAGUUGUUGUGGUUGUUUCGAUUUUGUUGAAACAAAUGGAGGCGUAUGGAAAGAGAAUGAAUAGUAGAGUUGCGGAAGAAGACGAUGAUGUGAGUUUAGAUUUUUUUUUUGCUUAAAACUAGUGGCUGGAAACCUCGAAAAAGGCAUGUAUCCAAAAAUAUUCAUAAAUUACUCCUGGUUGGCGGCUUUUGACUGUGCUAAAUACAGAUCGAGCCUACCCUUGUGGUAGGAGUUAAAUUGAAGAGAAAACCUCCUAGCCUUAGUUCAUGAUUGAUGAACUAUUGAACAACAAUUUUCUAACAUUUCAAUAAAACCUUCACAUUUUUGCAGGACGAUGGUGAAGCCAAAGAAGAUCUCGAUUAUUUCACCGAACUCGAAGCCAGUCUUCUCGGAUCGGUCUCCGAAUUGUUGCAUUCAUUGAUGAAGGAAAUCAAACACGUCGCCUACGAGCCACUUUUGCCAAUCUUCCAAUGCGCUUUGCAAUUGAUCAACUCGCAAAAGCACUAUUUCGAAAGACAAUGGGGAAUGUGCAUCAUUGAUGAUGCUAUCGAAUUCAGCAAUGCUGUGAGUUUCUGAGAUUUUUUGUUAUUUUCAAGUCAAUCUGUUUUUCAGCACGUUUCAUCGCAAUUCGACAUUGUCCCAUUGAUGUUGAAAUGUUUGCAAGAUGAAUAUCCAGAAGUUCGUCAAGCAGCUGUUUACGGUUUCGGAGCCAUGGCUCUUCGUUAUCAGGAAAUCAAUCAAUACAGCAAUGAUAUUUUGCAAAGUUUGGAGGGAAUUGCUGCGAUGGUUGAGAAGUGAGUUUUUCUUUUAGAAUUUCUAUUUCUAGUCUAACCCAGCUUCUUCGCUAGCUUUAGUUUUUUAGCUAAAGCGGUUCUAAACAUUUGGGUUAUAUUAUAUAAGAAAUGUUACCUUAUUUACACAUGAUUGAUGUGUUUAGAUCUCCCUUUUCUUAACAUUUUCCCUCAAAACUAUUUAAAUAUAUUUGUAGAUCUGAUUCGCGUGCCACUGAAGAAGCAACAGUUGCAACUGAAAAUGGUAUUUCGGCAUUCGCCAAAAUCAUUCUCAACGUUCCACUUCCACCCGACGCCUAUUCGAAAUGCGUUGAAAUGUUCUUGUCGUGGUUGCCAACACAUGCCGAUGUCGAAGAAUCGCCGUAUAUCUACACGUGUUUCACCGAAUUGUUCAACAAGGCCGAACCGGCGUUGCUCGGACCAAACAAUCAGAAUUUGGGCAAGAUUGUGCUUGUUGGUGAGUGGAGAUUUUUUGUUGAGAAACUUUGAUUGAAGUAGAAAAUCCAGAAUUUUAGAUUUUCAAAAUGAAAGAGCCCUCGAAUUUUCUAUCUGAAAUUAAAUAAUUCCAAAUGUUCUUCCAGGUGUAACCGCAAUUGCCAACGACGCUUUCGACGAAGACGACGAGAAGGGCAAAGUCGCCAAACAACGUGUCAUUGACGUCAUCAAACGCAUCCACGCCUCUGUUCCAAACAUUGCUGAAGCUGCCGGAGUUGGCCAAGACGAAAACAUCCUUCAAAUCUACCAUAGCAUUAUUGCUCAACAAUAA